ACCACCGGUUCGAAACCGGUUGAUUAAUUCGAAGUUCGACGGGUCUCCGUCUUCGGGUGAUUCGGAGUGGUUUUGCGGAGGUUUGAAGUUCUUGAUUGUGGUUCUUAGGGAUACUCUUUUUACUACUGAGGAGCUGUGGAUUUGAAUGGCUACUGAAGAAGACGAACGAAGUGAACCGAGAAGUAUAGUCCAAAUAUAUUCCGAAUUUAUGACCAGGUUGUCAUUAUUUGAAGAACAGUUAUCUAUCGGAAGCAAGUUUCUUAUUGGCUUCCAGCAGGCGCUUGGGUUCUUAGGAAGGCCCCCAAUCAAUAAGACAUCUGCUUUGGCUGAUCGAAUUAUUAAAUCUCAUGGCUCCAAGUGGCUUCUUUCGUAUACGGAAGCCGGAUGUAUGAACUCUGAAGAUAGUGCACAGAAUGUAAGCAAGUUGCAUACUUGUCAUCGGGGGCUUCAAGAUCACAUAAAUGGAGCUAAAACACUCGUCGCCGAACUAGAACACCUUCUUGAUGACGCAGCAUCGGCAGUGGAAGCUGCAGAUGCUAAAAUUAACCAAAACUUCGAUUUCUCUUGCAAUGAGGAAAAGCUAUCGACUCCAAACCUUUCGGAGCCUAGAGUAACCGACUAUGCUGCUAUGAUGGCUAUUAUAUACAGCAUGGUUAAACAAGAUUACUCGAUGCAGGUGCGAAUUGUUUCCUCUAUAAACUUCAAGACUUCACCCGAGCAACUGGAGACAUACUGCCAGAUGUGGUCAUUACGACCCUUUGUCGAUGAUGAGGUAAUUCGCGAAGCUUGGGCACUCGUACCGUAGCAAAUUAUUUUACAUCCCUUUUGUUUUGCAAGAUAAGGAUCGGAAUAGGACAGUUUUUUUAACACCUCCAAAUUUUCGAAUUUUUACUGCUACAUGUGUAUACUGUUGUUGUACAUAACAAGAACCUGAAUUGAAUGGUUUAGCAUAAAUAUAUCAAUUUUUAUUGCUU